AUGAAUUCAAUGAAAAUAUUACUAGUGAUCUUCUUUAUCUCUCACUCUUUUGUAAAUCCUUCUUUGGGAGAUUUGAUUGACGAUGUUUGCCGAAAGUCUAGUGACUACAAAUUAUGUGUCGAAUCUCUUAGAGCGAACCCAAAGAGCUCUUCUGCUGAUCAAAAAGGCUUGACAAGAAUUAUGCUUCAAUUGUCUUUAGCUAAGGCUAAGAACAUUUAUAAUGAAGUCUUAAUUCUAUUGCAGCAAACUAAAGAAGUUGUUCUCAAGCAAUGUCUUCAAAUUUGUAAGGACAAUUAUGAUGAAGCAGUGGAUGACAUUACAUCUUCUAUUGAAUACUUAGAUGCAAAUGAGUUUUUUUUUGCCCGGAGUUUUGCAAUAGAUGCCACGGAUGAUUCCAGCUCUUGUGAAGAAUCAUUCGCUGAACCGCCUAUUCGCAAAUCUCCAUUAAAACCAAAGAGCGACGAUUUUCUUCAUUUUGUUGAGACAACA